AUGCACCUACGGCCGCUGCCCCUCGUCGUGGUCCCAGGCUUAUUGCAGCUGUUAUUUUGUGACAGUAAAAAGGUGGUGCAUGCCACAGAGGGGCUGGACUGGGAAGACAAAGAUGCUCCAGGGACAUUGGUAGGGAAUGUGGUUCACUCAAGAAUCAUCAAUCCUCUGCGCCUGUUUGUUAAACAGUCUCCAGUCCCAAAGCCUGGACACGUGGCCUAUGCGGAGAGCAUGGAAGACUUCUGGGACUGGCUGGCCAACAUCACGGAAGUUCAGGAGCCAUUGGCAAGAACUAAGCGGAGGCCCAUAGUAAAAACGGGAAAAUUUAAGAAAAUGUUUGGAUGGGGCGACUUUCAUUCCAACAUUAAAACUGUUAAACUCAACCUCUUGAUCACAGGGAAAAUUGUUGACCAUGGAAAUGGAACCUUUAGUGUUUAUUUCCGACAUAAUUCCACAGGCCUGGGCAAUGUUUCAGUAAGUCUGGUGCCCCCCUCCAAAGUGGUGGAAUUUGAAGUUUCCCCACAGUCUUCCUUGGAGACCAAGGAAUCCAAAUCUUUCAAUUGUCGCAUUGAGUAUGAAAAAACGGAUCGGGCGAAGAAGACUGCCUUGUGCAACUUUGACCCAUCAAAGAUCUGCUACCAGGAGCAGACUCAAAGCCAUGUGUCUUGGUUGUGCUCCAAGCCCUUCAAAGUCAUUUGCAUAUACAUUGCCUUUUACAGUGUCGAUUAUAAACUUGUGCAAAAGGUCUGUCCUGACUAUAACUACCAUAGUGAGACUCCUUACUUAUCUUCUGGCUGA